UUUCGUAGCUACAAUAGCGCUGAUAUUACAGCUACGCGAGACGUGUCGCGACGUAGACCUCUCCAUCUACCGAAGACGUCUAUCAUUUUUUAUUUCGGAAUAUUUGUCUGAGUGUUUUUGAUUAAUUUUAUUUCAAACAGUCAUUUUUAAUAAAUCGGGGAUGAAUUAUUUCAGAUUAUAGUGUCAAUUGAAAUUUUAGUGCGGUAUUUUUGAAAUUGGGUUAUUGAGAUUAAGGUGGGGUUUCCUGGUGUUGAUGGUUUUUGGUUGGACGCAAGUUGAAUGCUUUCGAGAUAACAACGAGAGAAAGUUUCCAAAGACGUCGUCCAAGUAAAUGUUUACCAUUACACCAAGCAGCACCGCUCCUCUACCAUUUUCCAUUUUCUUCUUAUCUGUUCGAGUCCCAAAAACCAGCCCCGCAUCAUAACCGUUUAUAUCGCUAUCUGAAAGCUUCCGAAAAUUUCCGGACUGUGUAAAUCUAUGACCUUUUAACACCACAUUAAACUCUUAAAGCCGAAGUAUUAAAAGGGAGCCGGGACCCUUUUAAGUUUCUUCUUUCGAUGAAAAUCUCACAUUAUUUAUAAAAAAAAGAAAAUGAAGCGAAAACAUCAUAACAACAAUAAUAAUAACAGUGCGUCGGUGGAUCAUAGUGUUAAAAAACAACAGCCGGCCAUAUGGCCUAUUUACAGUGUAGUGGGGACAAUGGCAAUAGCUUGUUAUUUAAAUGGAAUUGAUGGGGAUUUUGUCCACGAUGAUAUUCCCGCUAUAACAUUAAAUCGGGAUGUUUUAGGCCUAAAUCCCUUGAGGGGUGUUUUCGAAAAUGAUUUCUGGGGAACCCCGAUGGCCAGUGAGGAUAGUCAUAAGAGUUAUAGGCCUUUGACUGUACUGACUUUCAGAGUAAACUACUUAUGCUUUGGCCUCUCACCGUUGGCCUUCCACUUGACAAAUGUUGCCCUACACGCAGUGGCGUGCCUGUUAUUCACCAGGGUCUGUUUAUGUGUCGCAGGACUAAAACCGCCCUUCGCAACCCUGGCAGGGUUAAUGUUCAGCGUUCAUCCCGUACAUACAGAAGCGGUUACGGGAAUAGUGGGACGAGCUGAUGUGUUGGCAUGUGUGUUUUUUUUACUAUCGUUGUUGGCAUACCAUGGAUAUCCACCAGAUGGCAGGCAUCACGUAUGGACCAGUAUCAUCAUGGGUGCAAUGAGUAUGAUGGCCAAAGAAACUGGAGUAACUGUAUUCCUACUAAAUUUAGGCUAUGACCUCUAUUUACAAUGGCCAAGUAUUAAAAAAACAAUUACCGAGGUUCGGUGGAAUCCAGAAAGUUUGGAGUUUAGUUCCAGGGCCACCAAAGUGCUUACUUCGACCGGAGUGCUGCUCGCACUUAGAUUGGCAAUUUUGCAGGGAUCCCUCCCUAGAUUCUGCGAACAAGAUAACCCGGCGGCCUUUCACACUUCAAUAUACGUUAGAUUUUUAACAUUUUGCUACUUGGCAGCCUUCAACCUCUGGCUAAUCCUAUGCCCAGCAACCCUAUCACACGACUGGCAAAUGGGGUCGGUACCCCUUGUAACAUCCCUAAGUGACUCCAGAAACAUUAUAACCUGCUUUUUUUUCGGCCUAAUAUUUCUCCUGGCCGUAAGGAGUAUUGUGGACUUUGAGAAUCUUAGACAUCCGCCGUUAGUGUUGGGUGUAAUGAUGCUGGUCCUUCCGUUCCUGCCUGCAUCCAAUUUGUUUAUUACUGUUGGUUUUGUGAUAGCUGAGAGGGUGCUGUAUAUACCAAGUUUAGGGUGUAUUCUUCUUGUUGUCUAUGGGCUUCAAAUCCUGUGGAGCCACUACUCAAAACAUAGGCAAACGUUAUAUUGUAUAAUUGUUAUCAUCUUAGCUUGUAGUGGUCUUAGGACUGUUAAUAGGAAUAAGGAUUGGAGGUCCAGGGAGUCUUUGUUACGGGCCGGACUUCAGACAUUACCGCACAACGCCAAAAUGCACUACAACUACGCAAACUUCCUCAGGGAUUCCUCACAUCACGAGCUGGCCAAGUACCAUUACUACACCGCACUGAAGUUAUGGCCAACGUACGCAAGCGCACACAACAACUUAGGGACAAUUUUAAGGAAUGACUAUGAGGCCGAGAUGCACUUUUUGGCUGCGAUUAAGUACGCGGCCAAUCAUGUCAAUGCACAUUUUAAUUUGGGGCAGCUGUACAGGAAAAAUAACAAAACGACAGAAUCUGAACAGAUGCUUAAAAGAUGCAUCCAUUUAGAGCCAAAGUUUACUCCAGCCUAUUUGGAGCUGGUUAAAUUGAGAGGGACUAACCAUAGAACUAUCGCUGGUCUUUUAAAGAAAGUGGUGGAGAUUAAUCCGGAUGAUCCGUACUACGCUUCAAAAUUUGGACAGUGGCUGUACAGAAAAGGUAACCACCUGGAAGCGCUGAAAUACUAUUGGACGUCCCUCGGGAUAUGCGCCGGCCACCGCGAGGCAGUCAUCGGGGUGUUCAGACAUUUUAGGAAAUUCGGACAAAAAGCCCGAGCUUUCCAGAUGUUAACUAGAUUUCAUAACUUGCAAAGGACAAAGGGAGCUAAUUGGCGGCAGGAUUUCUAUCUGCAAGAGUGGCAAUUAAAAAUUGAGCUCAGUUAUAAGAUUAAGGAGUACUCUACCAGUCUAUAUACAAAAAAUAACUCCUCAGACACACCGCAGUCCGCCACAACUGCAACUCCAAAACAAGCUCAGAAAAACUCAGAAAAGCGCAGCAAGUGGACCAUACACGAGAAGAAUAAAACGAUCAACCCGAACGAGAAAAACUACAAAGAAAAAAUCGAGCUACUCAGAAAGAAGACCGCAGAACACGACGAAAAAUCCCAAGAUCAGAAAGUUUUGGAUUUUUCUAAGUUCGCCUUGCUCACCUACUGCUGAUGAGAAGAUUUGCCAAAUUCCCUUUGUUUUUACCGUAAUUUAAUAAAUACCAUCAUUCAGGUUGGAAAAAUAAUGCAUCUGUGAUUUAGAGAUAUGCAGCAGAUUAGCGAUCAGGGCGGGAAGAAAAUACAACGAAAAAGACGAGACGGAACAAUAAACGAAAAGCAACUUGACAAACAGGGUUUAUAAAGUUUGGAACCAAAGAAAAAUAUACGUAGCAAAAAAAAAUUAUACAAAUUUGUAUUAUAAGAUUAUAACUGCUAUAUCUGCUGAUAAAUUAAAUUGAAAUAAAAAUGCCAUCAGUAUUAUAAUGCCUAUAAUAAUAAAUUUACAGAAAGCACCCUGUAUAUAAACACGUAAUUGUUAAAUAAAAGUAGGUUAUCGAAUGAUAGUAUUACUAGCCUAAGUAUCAUUAAUCAUUGAAUAAUUAAAUAUUGCUUUUGAUGAGACUUUAUUGAAAUGAGAAUUACGUACAGGAUGUCCCAAAUUCCAGGCACCAUUAAAUAAAAUCCUAAAGAUUUUUUGUGCCAUGCGUGUUUGGACCACCCAUGUACAUAAACGUUAUACGUUUAAUUUCUAGCUCUAUAUUCCCCCACUUAAUUGUGUAAAAAAGCAAAUUUUUAACAUAUUUUUGAUAUUCAUUAGAGUAUUAGACAUUAUUUCGUAUAACUGUGCUCAAGAGUACAUUUUCAAGGGCUUGAUUUAAAUAGAUUUUCGGGGCCAUUUUGAUGUAUACAUUAAUUAAUUAAAAGGUGUACAUUUUUAAUUAAAAGAAAAAAACAUGGGCGAAACAGGGGCAAAAAAUAUGUUAUUUCAUUAUGGUGUUUUCAUCUCCUUAUAUGUAACUCAUGUACUGUAAGUUAGUACUGCAACCACUUGAUGUAAAUAAAGUUAUUUAUU